ACGGAUGUUGGUAAUGAUAGCUGACAGCAGUGAGCUAGCGCUAGUGUUUCGUGAUUUGGAAAGAUGGCUGUGGAUUUGCGAGGUUUUGCUUUGGAAAAAGCCGAGCUGAUUUCCAGCCGCUUGAAAGUGCUGAUUUAUUGGGGACAAGACAAUGUCCGGGCUCAGUUCGGGGUAGAUUUGGGUCUGAAGCCUGAAGUGUACCCGACUUGGGUCAUCCUAUCUACGGCCGCGGUGGGUCUGUUCCUGGUACUCUCACUGUCCUGGGCCGCCGUCUGUCGCGGUCUGUUUGCUGGGAAAAAGCGGGGAUUCCCGGUCCCCCAAGGCAACGGUGAGCCGAGCAAGGCCAAUUUGGCCAAAACUGCCAAACCAGAAGAACCGAAGAAGAGGAACAAAAAGAAAACGAUUGAAAAGAACACUCAAUCCAACGGACAACCAGUGGCUGUAGCACAAGAGGAAGUUAAAGUGGUCGAGGUUGUCUCCAAGCAAGCUCCUCGUAUCAGAACCGAGAAGGUGCAUGAGGUACAAGCCCCGGGGCAGGUGAAAAAGAACAAGAAGAAAACCAAGACAAUUGUGCAACCUGUCAAGCAUGUGUCUAAAACUGAUGGGAAGGAAACUGAUGAUGGUGCAUGGGAGACCAAAGUUAGUAACCGAGAGAAGAAACAGCAGCGUAGGAAGGACCCGGGCUCUGGGGACUCUGGUAGCCCAGGAGGAGCGGAGGCUCCCAAGAGCAACGCUGAGGCACUUGUGGCCACAGCACCUACCAACACCAAGAAAAACAAAGGAAACCACGACUCCCUGCAUUCAAAAGCCACUGGAAAGGGGGAGACAACUACUGGAGCUGUGACGUCCAGCCGCAGAGAGGAGCCUUCAGUCAAUGGAGGAGGUUGGACUGACAUGUCUGUUAAGAUCCCACGUCAGAUGGGUGCUAUGGACGGACCUAAGUGGAGUGCCACGACCACGGCAACACAGUACAGGGCCCCACCUAAGCCUCAGUCCUGGGGACAGGAGACACAAGGUACAUCCUCAACCUGGGUAGACCUUUUCACUACAGAAAUAAACAUUGAUCAUGAUUGUAUGACAGCAGAAGUUACAAUGCUCCAUUCAUCAUUGAAGACUGUGUGCAACUGUGCCCUCUGCUGGAAAGAUGGGGCAUAGUCAUGGCAUUUAUAA